AUGACCAAGGUGCCUCGAGCCGUCGUGAACUUCCUGUCCGACACAGUCACGCGCCCCUCUGCCGCCAUGCGCCAAGUGAUCGCGGCUGCUGAGGUGGGCGACGACAUGUUCGGGGCGGAUCCGUCCGUAAAGCGGCUGGAAAAGGUGGCGGCCGAGCAGCUCGGCAAAGCUGCUGCGCUCUACGUGCCUUCUGGCACCAUGUCGAACCUCAUUGCCAUUGGCACGCACUGCCGCCGAGGGGAUGAAGUUAUCUGCGGAGACAAGUCCCACAUCUUUCUAUACGAAGGCGCUGGGGCAAGUGCGUACAUGGGGGUGAGUCUGCACACGGUUCCUAACCAGGCGGACGGAACGCUGGACAUCAAGGACAUCCACAACGCAGUUCGGGACGACGACCCGCACUACCCGCGCACGAAGCUCGUUGAGAUCGAGAAUACGCAGAACACCUGUGGAGGACGGGUCCUACCUCUGUCCUAUAUCCGUGAGGUCGAACAGCUCUGUCACGAGCGCGAUCUUCGUCUCCACGUCGACGGCGCUCGACUGGCCAAUGCUAGCGUGGCGUCUGGCACCCCAAUGGAUGAACUGGUUCGCGGUGCUGACUCGGUCUCGCUAUGUCUAAGCAAAGGAUUGGGCGCUCCCGUGGGCUCUGUCCUUGCCGGGUCAGAAGAAUUCAUCCAUCAGGCCAAGAGGUUCCGCAAGUCGCUCGGUGGUGGCAUGCGCCAAGCUGGUAUCAUUGCAUCGGCAGGGCUGUACGCGCUUGAGAACCAGUUCGAUCGUCUCGUGGAAGACCAUGUGAAUGCGCAGGCACUCGCUCACGGCAUCUCCAGCAUCCCUGGGGUUGAAACUAACCUGGACACUGUCGACACGAACAUUGUCUUCUUCGCAUUGACCCCCGACGCCAAGCUGAACGCCACGACGCUGGUGCAGAAACUGGAAUCCGAGAAGGGAGUGCUCGUUGGCGCCUACGCCGACGGUAACCGUGUGCGGGCGGUGACCAACCUGCAUAUUUCCAGCCAGGAUGUUGAGUAUACCGUGGCGUCGAUCCGUGCGCUGUUGAGCUGA